AUGUCCUCCUCAUCACUCAAGCUCUAUGGGUCUCGGCUUUGCCCUUUUGUUGACCGAAUCAAACUCAUUCUAGCCUUCAAGCAGGUGCCCUAUGAAAACAUUAACGUUAACUUGAAUAUGAAGAGUAAAGAAUUUUUACAAUUGACUCCUUACGGAAAGGUUCCUGUUCUUGUUCACAACCAGAAACCAAUUUACGAAUCUGCUGCUAUUUAUCAAUACGUCAAUGAUGUUUUUACCAAUCACGAUUUAAUGCACAAAGAUCCCUACAUGAGAGCAAUGCAACGAUCUUGGACCUAUUAUUGUAACACUCGACUUGCACCCACCAUUUACAAGUACAUGUUCAAUCAAGAUCCAAGCAAAGAAGUGGAAUUGAAACAAAAACUCGAAGAUCGUUUACUAUUUUUAGAGAAUGAGGGUUUGAAAAAGAUGCAAGACACGAAUGGCAAUAAGGGAUCCUUCUUUUUGGGUGAUGGCAACGAACCCAGCAUGCCAGAUAUGAUGUAUCUACCUUUCUUGGUUCGCUUGGAUGUGUUGAAAACAUUCAAAGGAUUUGAAAUGGGUAAAGAACUAUCUAGACUAAAAAGCAUGUAUCAAGUCAACGCUCAACAAGAUUACUACAAGAACAAUAAGGAAUUACCAUCCAUAGAAGAAAUUAUUAAGGGUUAUACUCCAUACGUGAAGGGUGAACUUACAAUGAAAGAAGAUUGGAUUCUUUAA